GUUUUCUAACUUCCCCCGCCCUCCCCACAAGCCAGAUUUUCUGGUUCCGCUCUGAGCAUAGGAGUCCAAAUUGAGUAACUGGAGAGACAAGAUGGGCAGUCAAAUUUGAAAGAGAGAAGAUAGAAGCAAGCCAAGAAAUCAAGGUGAAACUGGCGGUGGAAUAUUGAACGUAGGUGGCUUCCCAGAUUUACAUUGUGCCACCAACCCUCACGAUGCUUGCUCAUAGUCAACGUUAAACUUUUGAACCAAACUACAUAAACUGGUUUAGCACUCCCACCAGCCAUGUAGUUUGUUUGGAUUCAGAUUUCUGAGCGAUCAACCCCUCUCAUUCUUCUCCCUCGAAGCCCAGCAUCUGUCUCUCUGUCUUUGAGGACAAAGAUGGCUAAAGUUUAUACGUUUGAAGAGGUGGUGAAGCACAAUAACAAAAACGACUGUUGGAUUAUCGUCUUUGGGAAGGUGUACGAUGUCACCCAAUUUCUUCGUGAUCAUCCGGGCGGUGAUGAAGUUUUGGUAUCAGCCACAGGAAAGGAUGCAACAGACGAGUUUGAAUUUGUAGCCCACAGCAAUCCUGCAAAAGAUAUGAUGAGCAAGUAUUAUAUUGGUGAUAUUGAUAGACCUGCUGCUCCAGCGAAACAAAUACAGAAUCCAACGCAACAACAAAUCCAAUCUUCUGGAGUUGGGAUGAAAAUCUUCCAAUUUCUGGUGCCCUUGUUGAUCUUGGGCCUAGCAUUGGGCCUGCGCUACUAAGGCAAAAAGGGGUCGUUCAAGUGUUCCACUAUGAAAUUUGAGGCUGAACCGAAAGAUUUAGGACAAACAUUUUGCUUUCCCGAAAGAUUUAAAGCUCUGAAUAAACAUGUUUAUAUACACAUACAUAAAUGUAUACGUAUAUGUAUGCAUAUGCAUUCUAGGAACAAUUAUUGUGUUCGUUCAGAAUUUCUAUUAAUAAUGAUCUUGAAGUUGUUUCUUUA